AUGGUGACAGCCUCUCUUGCCCCAGCCCUGCAGCUGGUGAGCAAUGGCAAGACCUUCCUGAGGGUGGAGGAGGAGCUGAGCUGGCUGGACGCCCUGCGGUACUGCCGGGGGCACCACACGGACCUGGCCGACCUGCAGAGCAUGAACAGAGUGAGCAGCGUGAAGACGCUCUACGACCUCACCAGCAGCACCGAGGCGUGGAUCGGCCUCUUCUUCAACGUGCGCAUCGGCGGCCUGAGCUGGUCCAGCGGCUCCAGCUUCAGCGCCCCGGUGUGGAGCUUGCUGCCCAGCUUCCAGGAGGGCCUCUGUGCCACGCUGUACUCCACCGUGUCCAUCCUCCCCAACCUGGGCGCCGCCCCGUGCACGGCUCAGAAGCCCUUCAUCUGCUACGAGGACCCUGACAAGGUGCAGCAGAACCUCGAGGAGCCUGCUCUCAGCCUGACCACCUCUCCAGAGCCAGCGGUGGUCCAGAUGGGCAGACUGACCUUCAAGCGGUUUGACCAGGGAACGACGUGGCUGUCGGCCCUGCUGUACUGCCGUACCCACCACACGGACCUGGCCGACCUGCAGACGGUGACCGACGAGGCGGGCAAGGAGGCCCUGAAGUCCAUCACCAGCGAGACCGAGGCCUGGAUUGGCCUCUACUUCAAUGCGGCCUCUGGGUCCCUGAGCUGGUCCAGCGACUUGGGUGCCAGUAUCCCCACCUGGCUGCAGGUGCCCAAGUUCGGGGCAGGGCUGUGUGCUGGGCUCCGCACCUACGUCCGCUACGCGCCUAGAGUUUCUUCAGUGGCCUGCUAUUCCCUGCAACCCUUCAUCUGCUUCUACGCUGUGCCCAAUGAAGGACGUGGCACUGACGCGAGAGACGCCGCUUCUGCCACUCAGGCCCAACACGGGAGCACGUCUACCCAGCCGUCGCAAGGAAAAGCCCCAGCACCUGAAUCAGGGCAACCCUUUGGCAUCCUGAAGGCAGAUUUUACCAUCCCAGCUGCGAUGGACCCAGAAGAUAUGAAAGACCAGUUUCUGAGUGAGAUCCAAGAAGUCUUACAGCGAACGUUGGGCCACGAGCAAUUCAGAUUGAGGUGGAUUGGCUUCGAAGUAAACAAAAAAUAG